CAAUUCCUCAGGUACCCUUCAGAAUGCUAGUAGUUCAGCUCACAAGUCAUGUGUCAGUGGUGACACUUUGUGGGCCAACUCCAUCCUUAGCAGAUAUGAUCAGGUCUGCCACCUCUUUUUGGGCACCUUUUUAUCAGGUGUUAGAAGCCCUUAGUAGUCUCCUGCCUUGGAACAUUGCCCCAGCUCUGCUAACACAGCUUGAUAAUUCUGUGAUUGGACUCCUUUUGGUAAAUUAUGAUCACAAGCGGUGUGUUGGUUGUUUGCAUCUUAGCGAAGAUUCAAGAUCACGUUCAUUAUGUGUUAACAAGAAGAGUGCAGCCUUGCAGUCUGUGUAUCGCAGUAUAAUUGGACCAUUACUGCAACCACCAGCUAUGCCACCAGAAGAUUUCCCAACUGGGGUAAAUGGAAUUGUUCAUAAUUUGAUGUUUAUAUAUUCACUCUCUUUUGAUGUGUUGAUUUCAGAUCCAGUAGUCAUCUGGUAUUCCAUAAAACCUGUUGAUGAGUAUGUUCAGGACUUCCAUAACUUGGAAGAUGUUAUGAGGAUUCACUACAAAGAAGAAAUUGAGAAAAACACUGAGAGGCAAACUCAACAAAUCUUGGAAUUAGCCAUUUAA